AUGACGGUGCCUCUUCCCUCCACUCCUCCUCCCCCUCGGGAUUUCCUCACCGAGUACUCUCUAGGCCGUCACCUAGGCAAGGGCGCGUUUGGCGAGGUUUUAGAAUGCACGCAUAACGCGACGGGCCGCCAGUUCGCCUGCAAGAGAAUCGACAAGCGAUUAAUCACCUCCGAGUCGGACGCCGCGGAAGUUAGAAAGGAGGUCGCGAUUCUGCAGCAGCUCACCGCCGCGGGCCCGAGCCGCCACGGCGGAAUCGUGCAGCUCGUCGAGGCGCUAGAAGACGGCGCCGCUGUGUACCUCGUUAUGGAAUUAUGCGAAGGCGGGGAUUUAUUCGAGCUGAUCAAAUCCGAUCACGCAGCGGGCAUGCCGGAGGACAUGGCGCGCGAGAUCUUCCACCAGGUGGCGCUGGCGGUGGCGUACUGCCAUGCGCGCGGCGUUCUGCAUCGCGACAUCAAACCCGAAAACAUCCUCUUCACAGGCCCUAACCAGCCCGCACCCGCCGCAGAUUCCGGCGCGGAAUUCGGCGCAGAAUUCGGUGUAGAAUCCGUGGCCGCGGAAUGCUCGCAGAAAGAUUUUGGGGAUUCUUCCGCCGCCGAGUGGCGCUGGCGGGUGCGCGUGGCGGACUUCGGGCUUGCGCUCUUCCUUCCGCACGGGCACAUGGGGCACGGCAUGGCGGGGAGCCGCUUCUACACCGCGCCCGAGAUGGUCCGCGGGCGCAAAUACGGCAAGCGCGCGGACGUGUGGAGCAUGGGGGUGGUGCUCUGCGCCAUGCUCACGGGGCGCGUGCCUUUUGCGGGGAAGGACCGCGCGGACGCGGAGGGCCUGCGGAGAUCGAUUCUCCGCGGGGCGAUCAACUUCUCCGCGCCCGCGUGGGCGCCCGUGAGCGCGGGCGCACGCGACCUCGUGCGGCGCAUGCUGGAGGUGGAUCCGCGCAGGCGGCUCAAGGCGGCGGAGGUGCUGCAGCACCCGUGGGUGCUUGGGCUCGAGCUGACGGAUCCUACGGCGGAAGAUGUGGCGUCAGAUGUGGCUAUGUCGGCAGAUGCGGUGGGAUCAGAGGAAAAGUUGGUUCCGGUGAAAGCGCAAGCGGAGUUGAAGCCGCCGCUAACAGUAUCGGCGCCGGGGUCUGCGGAUGCAAGGGUGGUGGAGGAGGAGGCGAGAGAGAAGAAGAUAGGAGCUAACAAUCAGCAGAUGCAGCAGCAGGCGGAGGAGCAGGCGGAGGUUAAGAAUCAGGCGCUUCCUAUCCGCGCUGUGCGUCCGCCUGUCGCCCCUGCCCCAGUCGCUGCACCACGUGUCGCCUCCCCUCUCCGCUCCGCUGCUUUUCCCAUUCGCCCUGCGUCCCCUGCUCGCCCUGUUGGGCCUCCAAUUCCCAUUCGCCCCAUCGCUCAGCCGCCUCUUGGUUCCGCUAUAGAGCGAUUCAAUCAGGUCUGGCAGCAACAGGAUCGCCCGCAGCAGCUCCCAACGUGCCACCCAACCACCCCGCCCCCUCCAGCACCAGCGUGCACCGCUCUCAAAACCCCCUUUCCUCUUUGCGGAAACGCACCUCCCCUUGCCCCGCAACAACCGCCUAACCUGCCAGCCCCAAAUGUUUCUCUCUCGGGCUGCCCGUCGUUCAACUCCCCCUGCCCGUCACAGUCCUCCGCGUUCCAGUCCACUCCACCCUCCUCCGCGUCUCGCUCCUCUCCUUCCCGCUCCUCCCCACCUCCUCUCUCCUCCUCUCUCUCUCCAUCUCUCUCAAACUCCACCGCCACCUCGGCAUCGACCUUCACUCAAAUGGAUGCAGCAGACAUGGACGAUUGCGGCAUGGCGGAUCGGGCUGGUGGCUUUGAUGGCAUGACAGAUGGGGCUGGUGGUUUUGAUCUCAUGGCUGCGAUGUUGUCCCACAAGCAGCAGCAGCAACAGCAGCAGGAGAGCGUGAGGAAGGAGUAUGAGGAAGCUUCCUCGGCCUUCUCACCCUGGUUCUCCCCUCGGCCUCUCCCGCUUGUCACCGCCCCGUUUUCACAUGAGAAGCAGCAGCAGAAGCACCAUUACCAUCAGCAACAGCAGCAACAGCAGCAGCAGCAGCAGGUGCAUUGUCCGGUGGGAUCAUCCCUGUCAGGGGAUGAGUUCAGCAACAGCAGCAGCAUGUGUGGAGCCUCCUCGGCUCUCUCCUUCCAAGCAGCUUCCCGCUGCUUCAUGGCCUUCAACCCCUGGGGAUCUCCGCGCAUCCACACCGUGCCUGAUACCACUACCGCCACCGCCACUGGUGGUGCCAGUGGAAUGUUCCCUUAG